ACACAGGGGCAGGAUAUGGAGAUGGUUCAGAACUACCUACAGAAGUACUACAACUUGAAGACUGGAACCAACAAAUCUGUGAGGCAGAGGAACGACAGCUUAGUGGCUGAGAAGCUAAAGCAAAUGCAGGCGUUCUUUGGGCUGAAGGUGACUGGAAAGGUCAACACGGACACCCUGAAUCUGAUGAAGCAGCCCAGAUGUGUGCCCGAUGUGGCUCAGUACGUCCUCACUGAUGGGAGCCAAUGGGACCACACACAUCAGGUUUUAAGGAUUGAAAAUUACACACCAGAUUUGCCGAGAGCAGAGGUAGACAGUGCCAUUGAGAAAAAAGUCUUUCAGCUCUGGAGUAACGCCUCUCCCCUGACCUUCACCAAGGUCUUUGAUGGUCAAGUGGACAUAAUGAUUUCCUUGGUCUGGGGAGAUCACAGAGACAACUCCCCCUUCAGUGGAUUUCAAAACCAUCUCCCUCAUGCUUUCCCACCAAGAGACAUUGGAGGAGAUGUUCAUUUUGAUAAGGAAACAUGGACCAAUGAUUUCAGAAACUCCAACUUGUAUCAUGUUGCAGCACAUGAAGUGGGCCAUUCCCUUAGACUGUUGCAUGAUAAUGACAUUGUCUUGAUGUUCCCCAGAUACAUCUACUUUGGAGAUGUCCUACUGUCUCAGAAGGACAUUGAUGCCCCCCGAACCUUUAUUUAUGCUUUAGUACAUUCCAAAAAUCCCAUCCAGCCAAGACAACCACAAGUACCACAAGCCUGUGAUAGCAAGUUAACAUUUGAUGCUAUAGCCAAAAUUUGUGGAGAAUUAUUCUACUUUAAAAACAGGUUCUUCCUAUGCACAAGUGCCUCCUACAAGAUAGCAGAACGCACUGUCAUCGCCGACUUCUGGAAAUCACUGUUAAAUGCAGUUGGUAGUAAAUAUUGGGCAUUUAACGGGGAGCAGAUGCUGCAAGGAUAUCCCAGGGACAUCCACUUCUCCUUGGGCUUCCCGCAGAGGGUAAAGAAAAUCAACGCUGCUGUUCACGAGGAUGAUACUAGGAAAACGUACUUCUUUGUUGCCAAUGAGUAUUGGAGGUGUGAUGAAAACACACGGUCUAUGGAUACAGGUUUUCCCAAAGGGAUAGCUCAUGGGUUUCCUAGAAUUGGCAAAAAAGUUGAUGCUCUCUUCCAAGAGGGAGGAUUUUUCUAUUUCUUUCAUGGAAAAAGGCAAUACAAAUUUGAUCCUAAAAAGAAACAAAUUUUGACCCUCUUGAAAACCAACAGCUGGUUCAAAUGUAGAAAUAAAUGAUGACUGACUAUCACAAAGGAGAAAAGAAAAAAAUACUUCUAAUCAACCUGGGAGAGAUGCUUUUCU